GUUCGCUCCCUGCCUGAGGACCGACGCGUUACAACUCAGCGACGCCGCUCCCAGACCAGGCUUCUGAACUAAUCCUUCGCGGAAUCGAAUUGGCUGUUCGACAGUCACCCGCACCGCGGCCCGCUUGCGGUCAGAGGAAUCAGGGCCCUACCCGGCCGCCGUAGCCACAUCUCUGUAGUGGGCGGGGCCGAGGCCGGGGUGACCCCGCCGGAGCCACCUCUGCCAGCAACAUGUUCAAGAGCUGGGGAGAGGACAAAACUCCCACGCUUGGAUUACGCUUUUCCUUCAAUCUGAUUGGACCAACUUAGGUCACAUGUCCGCCCCUGACCUGAUAGCCAGUGCCAGGAGAAUACCAUGCUGUGAUUGGCUUGGACUAAACAGGAUCGACUAGGGAUGGGGUCGGUUUACCUUAAUCACGUGGGAGAGAAAUGAAUUUACACAGUGGGGAAUGGAGUUUGGAUUUGCGACCAACAAUGUCCAUUACAGAGAGGUAAUUCAGAGGUCUGUGGGGCCAGCCAGCCUGAGUCUGCUCACCUUCAAAGUCUAUGCAUCACCUAAAAAGGACUCACCUCACAAAGCUUCUGUGAAGGUUAAUGAGCUUUCACUCUACUCUGUUCCUGAGGGUCAAUCUAAAUAUGUGGAAGAGACGAGGACCCCACUUGAAGAAAGCAUUUCACAUCUCCGACGUUAUUGCGAGCCAUAUACAAGUUGGUGUCAGGAAGUGUACUCACAAACUAAGCCCAGGAUGCAGAGCUUGGUUCAAUGGGGGUUAGGCAGCUAUGAAUAUCUCCAAAAUGCACCUCCUGGAUUUUUUCCAAGACUUGGUGUUAUUGGUUUUGCUGGCAUUGUUGGACUUCUUUUGGCUAGAGGUUCAAAAAUAAAGAAGCUGGUGUAUCCACCUGGAUUCAUGGGACUUGCUGCUUCUCUUUAUUAUCCACAACAAGCCAUUGUGUUUGUCCAGGUCAGUGGGGAGAAAUUAUAUGACUGGGGUUUACGAGGAUACAUAGUCGUGGAAGAUUUGUGGAAGGAGAACUUUCAAAAGCCAGGAAAUGUGAAGAAUUCACCUGGAAAUAAAUAGAAUGCUCCAUGCUCUGCCCAUUUUAAUCAGGGACAUUGAGACUUGGAAUACGGGGAAACUACGUAAAUAUCUAUUUCAUCUUUCCAGAAUAUUCUGGGCCAGAGUUCAGUUUACUGUAUACACAACCUUGAUCUUGUUCUUUACUUUUUUACUUCUCUAUUGGAGAUGGAGUUUUCAAUUAUAAAAGCGAUACAUAUUUGUUGUAAAGAAAUUUUUUUUAUGGGAGCCUGGGUGGCUCAGUUGGUUAAGCAGGUGACUUUGGCUCAGGUCAUGAUCUCAGGGUCCUGGGAUCCAAUCAAGCCCCGUGUUGGGCUCCCUGCUCAGCGGG